AGAGUAGAGAAGCAAAUUUUCGUUAUUCAGAAGUCACCACCGACACCACACCCGAAACCCUAGCGGCGCAAACAUACCGCCGAUUAUAUCCUCCACCGCCACCGAUGACUCCCUCACAACACUGAAGCACGCCUUCUCCGUUAUCACCAAAAUCGUACUCCAAAUCGUCGACAACAAAUCCAAAAUUCUAGACAGCAACAAACAUUCCGGUCAGCUAUUUCAGCUCCACCGCGACAACCUCGACAAAUUCGCCUUCUCCAAAGUGGCCGACUCUUUCUACUUAAUCGUACCUUUAAUUACCUACUCCGAAGUUCAAGAUCAAAUCACCAACGGUUCAUCCGCGACGAAGUUGAAAAGGGGUUUCCGACGGUCGACUUUAAGCUCAUAACAGAAAAUGACAACAAAGAGUAUUAUCACCUUGUGGAUUCGACUAAGGGAGUGCAGAUGUAGAUAUUAUUGUUGACACAUUCUUUGAGAAACGAACAACUUUCUAACUAAAGGAUUUCCCUUCACCAUUUCUCAGGCGCCAGUGCUGCACCGUCACCGAAUACCCGUGCCCUGCUACACUUUUACAUGGCGAAAAAUAAUAAAAAGCCCAGAAAAGGCAAAGAACUCGAAGGGCACAGCGCCGCUAACCCUUUACCUGAAGUAAAGAGAUUCAAAGCAAUACAACAGGCAGCCCAAUUUCCUAGCACCUGUCUGGUUAGGGGCUUUGGGAACAUUCAAUGGGGGGGCGAAAGCCUCCGAUAUGAGCACCGGACGCGGCUGUUCCGGCUCCUCAGCCACCUACUCAUGCACCACAAUUGGGCCGAGGCGAGUGGCGCCUUGAGUGUCUUGAUCCAAGGGACCAUCAAGGACCAUUCUCUCUCUGGAAACCGUGCCAAGUAUACGGCUGCAUUGGAGCUUCUUAGUGUUAUAGAAGGUGAAAAUCUCAGAUCCAGAAGAAUCCAGGAUAUCUACGAAGUAUGGAUGAAAAAGAUUGGGCUGUUGAGGUACUGGCAUACAAAGCAUAGAUUUUCUGUGCAACUAGAGGUUAUUCUUACUUGUCUUCAACGUGGGAAUAUGAGGGAUGCAUAUCAAGCUGCUCUCGGUCUCAAGAAGGAGUGUGAUUUUGAUGGCGACGCAGUUGCAAAUUUGGUUGUUGGGUUGACAUUUUGUCAGGUGUGGUAUUCUGGUUUGCCAGAAGAGUUACAAUUGACAGCUCUUGAUUCAUCUGGCUUCGGUUUACAAUCAGAAAUUCUUAUCGAUAAAAUUCACAUGCCGAUUGAAUAUUCUGAGGUAGACAGCCCUCAUGAAGCAGGAGACAACUCGAACAUACAUUGUGGUUCAAUCUCAUCUGUAGCCAAUGAUAAAGAAGUAGGUGAAUGCGACAGUAAUAAAAAUCCUAUGGACACCGAGACCAAAGAGAAAAAGGAAACUUCUUGUUCCAGCUAUGAGCUGCAAAACUCUCGUGAGGAAUCAGCCGAACCCAAUGGAAUCAGCGGUUCUUCAUUCUCCGAUUGCAGCGGUGACCUUCCUCAAGCCUCUAUUUUCCUAACCCAAGGCUUACCUCCAUGGUUAUUGCCCUUGAAGUUACCUAUUUCUCAUGAAAAUUUGGAGGAUGCAGUACGUAUGCACAGAAAUUUGCUCAACGAAGACUAUAAGAAUGCAGUAAAACACUUACGUGUUGCUCUUCACACAACACCACCAGCAAUAGAGGCCCUCCACCCUUUUAUACAGAUGCUCAUUCUUGGAGAUCAAGUCCAUGAGGCCCUUGAUGAACUCGGAACGUUAUUUCAAAACUCGGAGACAGUACUCCAACUAAGGUUGCAAGCAAGUCUACUUGAGCAUUUUGAUAGUGGAAAUUACGUGAAGCUAUGUACAUACUUUGAGGACAUAUUGAAGAAGGAUCCCACAUGCAAUGACUCCUUGUCAAGACUUGUGCUCAUGCAUCAGCGUGGAGACUAUGACACACAGAGUUUGGUGGAAAUGUUAGCCUUACACUUAGAUGCUUCAUACGGGACAUGUGACACGUGGCAAGAAUUAGCAUCUUGCUUAUUGAAACUCUCUCAAUGUGAAGGAGACAGAGAGUCUGUCUGCAAUAGUGGCAAUGAUUCUGACAAUCGGGGAUGUUUGGAUGAUUCCAAUAGGGUACCGGAAUUAUUCACCUGUGGUGAAUCUGGAAAAAGUUGGAGAUUACGCUGCAGAUGGUGGCUGAAUCGCCACUUCCAUGACAGGAUCUUGAUGUCUGAGAUCGCCUCAGGAGAUUUGAAGCUUCUGAGCUUCAAAGCAGCUGCAGCUUCACAUAUUUACGGACGACAAUUCAAAUACGUUGUGAAGACUACUAAAACAGUGGAGAAACAAGACGAUGUGGAACUUUAUUCUUUCUUACAAACUCACCUUCUAAAUUCUGUUGGUUUUUGUACUGUUAAAGGACGGAGUUGAUAUAUAUACUACACAAAAUAAUUAUACAGUUUGUCAAUA